AUGGGCCACGACCGUGCAUCCGAGGUCCACAGCCGGGCCAUUCUACCUCCUCUGCAUCUCUCCCAUCCGUCCCUACGGAGACCCCUUGCCCCAGGCCUCGGGUCCGGACCAGUCUACCACAGGCCUCAAGCAUCCUGCUCGGUCCGCCCCUUGCAAGUUUUGAGUGCGCAGGAGUGCGCAGGGGGAGCUGACCGCACAUCUCAGCACUACAAGGACUUCGCAGUGGGGUACUGUGGAGUUGGCUUUCGGCCUCGACCUGGGCUGUCUGAGGGCCUCACUCCCUUAGCCGGUUCCGAGGCGCUGGGGGCGGGGGUGGGCUUGCGGAUUCGCGGCCGUGUCCCCCAUCCGUCUUCCCGUCCCGGGCCUGGCUACGCAGUGGGCGCGCGGGGGCGGCUGCUUCGGGAGAUGUUUCGGGAGCGGACGGAAAGGCGCGGGAACCGGGGAUUCCUCGGGCCCGGGACCAGGGAUGGGGGUCCGGUGCCAGGCUCUAACUGUCCGGAGCCUGAGAGCCCUUUGCUCCCGCUCCCCUUGUCUGCAGACCUCCCAGGAAGCUCCUGCUCCAGGAACCGAGAGCCCGGCUCCCAGGUGCCCAUGUGCUGCGCUGGCUGGAGGCAGCAAGGGGACGAGUGUGGGAUUGCGGUGUGCGAAGGCAACUCGACGUGCUCGGAGAACGAGGUGUGCGUGAGGCCUGGCGAGUGCCGCUGCCGCCACGGCUACUUCGGUGCCAACUGCGACACCAAGUGCCCGCGCCAGUUCUGGGGCCCCGACUGCAAGGAGCUGUGUAGCUGCCACCCACACGGGCAGUGCGAGGACGUGACAGGCCAGUGUACUUGUCACGCGCGGCGCUGGGGCGCGCGCUGCGAGCAUGCGUGCCAGUGCCAGCACGGCACGUGCCACCCGCGGAGCGGCGCGUGCCGCUGUGAGCCCGGCUGGUGGGGCGCGCAGUGCGCCAGCGCGUGCUACUGCAGCGCCACGUCGCGCUGCGACCCACAGACCGGCGCCUGCCUGUGCCACGCAGGCUGGUGGGGCCGCAGCUGCAACAACCAGUGCGCCUGCAACUCGUCUCCCUGCGAGCAGCAGAGCGGCCGCUGUCAGUGCCGCGAGCGUACGUUCGGCGCGCGCUGCGAUCGCUACUGCCAGUGCUUCCGCGGCCGCUGCCACCCUGUGGACGGCACGUGUGCCUGCGAGCCGGGCUACCGCGGCAAGUACUGUCGCGAGCCGUGCCCCGCCGGCUUCUACGGCUUGGGCUGUCGCCGCCGGUGUGGCCAGUGUAAGGGCCAGCAGCCGUGCACGGUAGCCGAGGGCCGCUGCUUGACGUGCGAGCCUGGCUGGAACGGAACCAAGUGCGACCAGCCUUGCGCCACCGGUUUCUAUGGCGAGGGCUGCAGCCACCGCUGUCCGCCGUGCCGCGACGGCCAUGCCUGUAACCAUGUCACCGGCAAGUGUACGCGCUGCAACGCGGGCUGGAUCGGCGACCGGUGCGAGACCAAGUGUAGCAAUGGCACCUACGGCGAGGACUGCGCCUUCGUAUGCGCCGACUGCGGCAGCGGCCACUGCGACUUUCAGUCGGGGCGCUGCCUGUGCAGUCCUGGCGUCCACGGGCCCCACUGUAACGUGACGUGCCCGCCCGGACUCCACGGCGCGGACUGUGCUCAGGCCUGCAGCUGCCACGAGGAUUCGUGCGACCCGGUCACUGGUGCCUGCCACCUAGAGACCAACCAGCGCAAGGGUGUGAUGGGCGCGGGCGCGCUGCUCGUCCUUCUCGUCUGCCUGCUGCUGUCGCUGCUCGGCUGCUGCUGCGCUUGCCGGGGCAAGGACCCUGCGCGCCGGUAAGCCCAGAUACUGCCCCGCUUUCGCCUGGGUUCAGGCCGCACCCUCUCGGUGCCACCGGACCCAGAUCCAACUCUUCCCCGCCCCCGCCACGGACGUGGCCCCGCCCCUUCUGUGCUCCUGGCCCACCACGACCUGGAUAACACACUCAACUGCAGCUUCCUGGAGCCACCCUCAGGGCUGGAGCAGCCCUCACCAUCCUGGUCCUCUCGGGCCUCCUUCUCCUCGUUUGACACCACUGACGAAGGCCCUGUGUACUGUGUACCCCAUGAGGCCGGAAACUCUCCUGACUGCCAGCCCCGCCUGCUCCUGCGGGAGGUUGAGGGAGACGGAGGGAGCGCCCCGCGCAGAUCCCCCGCCCCCAAGCCAGACCCUGCUGCCUGGCCCUCGAUGUGUGACCAUCUGUGCCCCAAGGCCUCCCUGCUCUUGACCCGCCUACCCUGA